UGUCCCGAUUUCUGAGCUUAUUAGUGGCGUAUGUAUAGAGCAUUUAUACGGGGCCAGGUGGGGGACAUAAUAGUUUAAUAAAAUUGUAACGAGGGAACCAUUUGCAGUCGUUUUCCGUAAUUCAUGCUCACUGGUAGUCGUUCCCUCGUUUGCUUUCUCCCAAAGGAAGGUGGGGAUAGUGUAAGAUAAAGCUUGUUGUCUGGCUUCUCUGGUUACUGUAAUUACUGUUAAACGACAAACUGGAAACAGGAAAUGAUUUAUCUAUAUCCUAGGCAGCUCAGGGAACUGGGUUCACUCUAACUGCCAGUGUUUUAACCAAUACAUUAUAUGCAAUAUAACUUAAUUAUUUUGAAGAUGUGUAACUUUGACCUUGACUACUUAUUUUGCCCGGUGUUUGUAAUAUUCAGUCUGCUUGCAGUGAAUUACCCUGGUCAGCUAGAAGUUUUGUAUUGGCAACAAGAGAGACUCCCCUGCAAAGAGCUGUAUGACUCAGUAAGUUAGGCCUCUGCAUCUGUAACCGGAUGGUUGCCGGUUUGAAUCCCAUUUGCAGCAGAAUAAUCACAUCUUUGGGCCCUAGACCAAUUCCCUUCACCUGAAAAAUGCUUCUGGAGAGCUGGAUAAAUGGUUGAUCCUGACAUCAAGUGUAACGCUCACUUCUAUAACAUGUGCAUAUCUUAAAAAGGAGACCAUGAUGGGAUAUACAAGUAUAUAGUGUGUGUUUGUCUGUGUGUGUGUACACAUGCCCAAACACAUACAUUCCAAUGUACCUGUAUUUAUUCUUGUUUAAAUGCAAAAUAUAGCAGAAUUUAUUUGUUGUUUUUGUCUAGUUAUGCUAUUGAGCAAACUCGGUAAACAGCUGGGUCGACCCACUCAGUCUCUGGCUGGCUGGUUCAUAACCAAGACCCUGGUAUGGCACAAUCGGGUUCUGGAGGAAAACGCAGUAAGGCUCUGUGGGAUCCGUCCUGAUGACACGGUCCUGGAGCUGGGGCACGGGCCGGGCCUGGGGCUCGUGGCUGCAGCCCCCCUCCUCUCUGGGCCCAAGGGGAAGCUAAUUGGUGUCGACUACUCAGAGUACAUGCACCAGCUUGCCACCAAGCGGGUGAAGGAGCUCAUUGCAUGCGGCAAGGUGACCCUCCAUCACGGCAGCGUGGCAGCGAUGCCCAUCCCAGACAACAGCGUUGACAAGGUCUACCACUGCAACUGUUACUAUUUCUGGCCCGAUCUGAGAGAGGGAAUCCAGGAGAUACUCAGGGUGAUGAAAUCAGGAGGCCUUAUGGUGACUACUCUGAGACUCCAGCGGUUGGCGUAUGCAGCCUCCAGUGGAGCGAUACCCCCCCAGAACUGGCAGCCUGAGACCUACAUGGAGGCCCUCCGAGCCAGUGGAUUCACGGACGUCCACAUGGAAGAAAUGACCGACAGAGGCAUAAACUUUCAGGCCAUUUUUGCAACAGCUUCAAAGUGAUCGAUGCAAAGUCUAAUUCCCAUUUGUUCAGUGUAGUUUAACAUGAAACUAGUGUUUACGUCAUUGCAACGUUGUUGAAAAUUUAAAAGCACCCAAUUCAACUCGGAACUCUGGUCCCUUUAUGUGAGGUCAUUUAGAAUAAUAAUUUGGUUUAAUUUCUUACCACUUUAAAGUUUUAGUUAAGACUACUGGUUGUGUGUGUUUUUUAAUAAAUAAUAAUAAACAAAUAAAUACAAUGGUGAGUUUU